CGAGAACCGAUACAAAUUGCUCACUGAAAGAAACGUCUCGACGGUCCGGACAGACUAAAAGGCCAUACAUCAACCUGAAGUAGUUGCAAACGCGAGUUAAACAAAAUGGGCAGUAGCGGGACGAAGAGGAUUCGUGGCCUAUCAAUAAGUCGGCCGCUCCUUGUGGGGACAACAGCUACACUGCUUUCUCCGGCCGACCGAAUCGUGUCUCCCCCAGAUCACACGCACAGAUGGACAGUGGCAGUACGAUCAGCGGCAUCAUACCCAUUGCCACCCGUGCAGCCCUUAGCUUCAGUGAAUAACUCGGAAGAGGCUGGAGGGAUAAGUACCAGGGGAAGAGAAACGGAAGCUGACUAUCACAAGAUGGUGGGAGGCAAGGAUGACAUUUCCUACUUCAUAAAACGCGUUCAGUUCAAGCUUCACGAAACAUAUGCGCAAGCGACGCGCAACAUCGACAAGCCACCUUUUCAAGUCACCGAGACAGGCUGGGGAGAGUUCGAGAUCCAAAUUAAGGUAUUCUUCAUUCCGGAAGCGAAUGAGAAGCCCGUGACAUUCUUUCAUCAUCUCAAGUUGCACCCAUGGCUGCCGCCUGCCUCGCUUUUGAAUCCUCCAGCGGAGCUUGCACCACCAGCUGCCAAUCAACAUCCUGCUGAUCCUGCUGCUGCAGGGGCUCAUGCGGCGUCGACCGCAGCCUCAGCGCCCGCAGAAGCUCUGUCUGCAGAAAGCGCGGUCCCUCCCGAUGCGAUGUCUUCUGUAGUAUCAACUUCCUCAGCCGCUGUUGAUCCGGAGGCAUCCAUUCCUGUACCAUCAACUCCGAGCGAAACGGUAGCUCCUGCUCUAUCCGCAGCUGCACCAGCAGCUGUAACCGCGCCUCUUCAGCCAAUGCCUACCCUCAUCGAGCAACCGCCCGUGGUACAUUCUUGGCAGUACGAGGAAAUUGUUUUCCCAGAGCCUACAGAAGCAUUCUACGAGAUACUUGUUGCGCAUCCCCCUUCUCCGUUACCCGCCUCAUCGGCACAAGCCUUUACCGACCCGUCGGCAUACAAUGCAUAUUCGGCGAAGAAGGCUUUCGACAUGACAGGGACAAGCGCAGCCGAGGGGGCAAAUCAGACGAGCCCGGGACUAAACGUUCCUCCGCAUCCUCUGCAUAAUCCAGCUGGGCAGCUAUUUGAUGCACUUUCGCAGGAGGCAAUUGCUAGCGAGACCAAGCGCCUCGACGACGCGCGAAUAGCAAUCGUCAAUGAGAUCGAGCGAGGGCGGUUGACGCUCAUUCAGCGGGAGCGGGAGCUGAGGAACCUCAAGACCAAGGUGGCUGCCGCCGUAUGACUGUCAUUUAAGCUUCUACACCCCAGCUGGCGCACCCUUGCCCAUGUAUCAUUAUCAAUCAUUCCGCGCUAUUACAGAAUGUAAAGGUGGGAAAGCCUCUUUUGCUGAGAGCACGACCAUCUGACGCUCGUGUGAGAUAUAUCCUUUCAUGU